CGUUAUUCCGCAUCGGUUGUGUUGGUGCCAAGUUUAGGAAAGGAUCCUGGAUUCAAGCGAUUGGAAAGCCGAGGAUAAAUCAGUGUUGGCAUCAUGUCAGACAAAAGCGAGCUAAAAGCGGAGCUUGAAAGGAAGAAGCAACGCCUGGCUCAGAUCAGGGAGGAGAAAAAAAGGAAGGAAGAUGAGCGCAAAAAAAAAGAGGCUGACCUGAAGAAAGAUGCCACCCCAAUGGAUGACUCAGACUUGGAGAAAAAGAGACGUGAGACAGAUGCCCUUCUGCAGAGCAUGGGCAUCACAUCAGCUGAUGUUCCUGUUGGCCAGCUUCUGCGCGUAGUAACAGAGGAUACCUGUCUGUUUCACUAUCUAGUCCCUCCUCCCAUGUCUCCAACCUGCAAAUCCGUGGGCACACCAAGCGAGGCAGGGAGCCAAGACUCAGGCGAUGGCGCCGUGGGACCCAGGACUCUCCACUGGGACUCUGACCCGUCCACGCUUCAGCUUCACUCUGACUCUGAGCUGCGGCGUGGACCUCUGAAGCUGGGCAUGGCCAAGAUCACCCAUGUUGACUUCCCUCCAAAAGAGACAGUGUCGUACACCAAGGAGACCCAGACACCUGUUAUGACCCAGCUGAAGGAAGAGGAAGAAGAGGAGGAGGAGGAAGUUGCUCCACCACAACUAGUGCUUGAGACCCAAACAGAGAAACCUGUCCAGAAAGAGGAGGAGGAAGCACCUCCACAAGAGCUGACCGAGGAAGAGAAGCUGCAGAUCCUCCACUCUGAGGAGUUUAUAACCUUCUUUGACCACAGUACCCGCAUUGUGGAGCGGGCUCUGUCCGAACAUGUGGACGUCUUCUUCGACUACAGUGGUCGCGAGAUGGAGGAGAAGGAAGGUGAGAUCCAGGCGGGGGCCAAGCUGUUUCUGAACAGGCAGUUUAUGGACGAGCGCUGGUCCAAGCACCGUGUGGUCACCUGUCUGGACUGGUCCCCUCAGUAUCCUGAGCUGCUGGUUGCCUCAUACAACAACAAUGAGGAAGCCCCCCACGAGCCGGACGGGGUGGCCCUGGUCUGGAACAUGAAGUACAAGAAGAACACGCCAGAGUACGUCUUCCACUGCCAGUCUGCUGUGAUGUCGGCCGCCUUUGCCAAGUUCCACCCUAACCUGGUGGUGGGGGGCACCUACUCAGGGCAGAUCGUUCUGUGGGACAACCGGAGCAACAAGAGGACCCCCGUACAGAGGACCCCCCUGUCAGCAGCAGCACACACGCACCCAGUGUACUGUGUGAACGUGGUGGGCACCCAGAACGCCCACAACCUCAUCAGCAUCUCUACCGACGGCAAGAUGUGUUCCUGGAGCCUGGACAUGCUGUCUCAGCCGCAGGACAGCCUGGAGCUGGUGUUCAAGCAGUCCAAGGCCGUAGCUGUCACCUCCAUGUCUUUCCCCCUCGGAGAUGUCAACAACUUUGCGGUGGGGAGCGAAGAUGGAUCCGUCUACAUGGCGUGUCGUCAUGGAAGUAAAGCAGGGAUCAGUGAGAUGUUUGAGGGCCACCACGGGCCUAUCACAGGGAUAGACUGUCACACAGCGACAGGGCCCAUCGACUUCUCCCACCUGUUUGUCACCUCCUCCUUCGACUGGACCGUCAAGCUGUGGAGCACUAAGAACAACAAGCCACUGUACUCGUUCGAGGACAACUCGGAUUAUGUCUAUGAUGUCAUGUGGUCUCCCACUCACCCGGCUCUGUUUGCGUGUGUGGAUGGAGUGGGCCAUCUUGACCUGUGGAACCUCAACAACGACACUGAGGUUCCCACAGCCAGUACCACAGUGGAGGGGAACCCAGCCCUGAACCGUGUGCGAUGGGCCCACUCCGGCAAAGAGAUAGCCGUGGGAGACUCUGAUGGCCAGAUUCUGGUCUAUGAUGUUGGAGAGCAAAUCGCCGUUCCACGCAACGAUGAGUGGACCCGUUUCGUCCGAACCCUGGCGGAGAUCAACGAGAACCGGGACGACGCUGAGGAGCUGGCCGCUCAGCGCCUCUCUGCCUGAUCGCCAUGGAAACGCCAGUCUAGGGACCAGGGAAAGGCAUCAUAAUGUUUUGAUUGGAGGAAAAGACGCGAUUGCGACAGUGUUCAGGCGUGUGGACAUCUUCUUUGGAAACAUUAUAGUCAGAUUUAAUACACAUAGCUACUUAACUUGGAUACUUCUGCCUUCUCCUUCAGCUGGUUUAAGCACACCAGUCUCUGAUGGGAUAACUAACAGGGCUAUCAACCUCAGACACUACAAUAAACAAAGCCAUCUUCUUACUCUGCAAUACAAAUCAGUUGAACUCUUUUCAAGUACUCAAAAACCAGAACGCCUUAAAGGUACCAUGUCAACUCCAUGGAGAGCUCAUGUGUCUGAAUCCAUAUGGUAGUGUUGUGGGAUUAGCUUCAGGUUCAGUUUCACAGGCCACUCAACUUGUUUGUGGUUACACCACCCUGAGCAUGUUUGCUGUCAUCAUGACAGAUGUUUGCUGUUCACCAUCUGUGCUUCGAUGCCCGUGUCCACUUCAACUGUAGUAGAUCCAUCACAUCAUUACUACACACAGGAAUGUAGUGGUCUCAUCAUACUUUUAGCCAGUGUUUUUCUAUGUUCCUUUAACCUAGAUGCACCAAAUAUCCACUUGUUUUGUAAUAUAUGGAAAAAUGUAGCGUUUCUUCUUCAACUUGUCAAUGUCUUUGUACAUGAAUGUUGCUCUUAAACUAAAUUUGACACUUAUGAUAUCAGAACCAGAAUCUUUAGAAAUUUGUGAUUGAGGGAGGACUACCUGAGGAUAUUAUGCUGUAUUGGAAAAAUUGCUUUAUGUGCACUAUGAAUUCCGUAUCCAUACUUUGUCGUGUCUAAGCAAAAGCGGUCCUUUGUGUGACCUAGAUAUUACAGAGAAUGUCUCCCAUAUAUCGUGUCAUGAAUCUCAGAAUGUACUUUUUUCACAAUUUAAAAUUAAACCAUUUUGAUUUAUUUCAUCAAAAUACAAUAAAUACAUUUAAAUGAU